CCGCCGGGGCUGAGGAAGCGGAGGGAGCCGUGGAGUUGCUCUGCAUAUUAAUGAGGCGGCAGCGAGGGCAGCGGGAGCCGCUUUAAAGGAGGAGAAGGGGAGGCAGAGGCAGAGCGCAGGCAGCGCCGGGCAGCGGCUCCGCCGGGAGCAGCUCCGCUGUCCCCUCGCCGGUGACACAGCCCCGGGACAGCGGGAUCGGGGGGAAGAACCCCAAGCGAGAAUUCACAUCAACCCCCCCGGCGUCGCCUCGGGUACCUGCUGUCUCACCAUGAAGCUCCUGACAGCAGCUCUGCUCCUGCUCUUCAUCGCCAUGUGCUUGGCCAGCGCAGAAGGCGUGAAGUGCAAGUGCUCAAGGAAAGGUCCGAAAAUAAGAUUCUCUAACGUACGGAAGCUGGAAGUGAAACCGAGGUACCCGUUUUGCGUGGAGGAGAUGAUUAUUGUGACACUGUGGACCAAGGUGAGGGGGGAGCAGCAGCACUGCCUGAACCCCAAACGCCAGAACACAGUGAGGCUGCUCAAGUGGUACCGAGUGUGGAAAGAGAAAGGCAGGGUUUAUGAAGAAUAAGAGCAAGUGGUGUGAGGACUGGAGCGGAUUCCCUUGGCCGGCGUAGGACUGGGCUCUACAGAAGAUUAUUUCUCUCUCACAGACAUAAGACACAAAUUCUGUAUUACUAUAAAGCACUUUUUACCAAGGGUCAGUUUUUACAUUUUAUAGCCACGUGCAAAAGGCUUCCAGAUUCCACGGGCACCUGUUGCACCUCUGACUCCACACCCGCCUGCUCCGCACCGAAAUUGGG